AUGUCUGUCCUAAUCAAUGGGACUCCAGCGGGGUUCUUUCAGACGCAUCAAGGACUUCGGCAAAGGGAUCCUUUGCCACCUUUACUAUUCAUUUUAGUCAUGGAAGCGCUGAGUAGAUUGUUGGAUAAAGCGGUGUGUGCCGGCUUAUUGGAAGGCUUUGUGGUGGGAACUGUGCCGGGCGUUAACACACAUCUCAAACGGAGCAGGUGGGGUCUCCGAGUUAACUUGCGGAAGUCAGAGCUUAUUCCGGUUGGGGAGGUUCAGCGCUUGCUAGUUUUCGUGACAAUCUUAGGAUACAAGGUGUCAGGACUUCUCAUGGUCUAUCCUUAUUGCAACUGGCCCACAUUUCCACAAAUAUUUAUCAAGGGGGAGUUCAUCGGAGGAUCAGACAUUAUUCUCAAUAUGCACCAGACUGGUGAGUUGAAGGAAAUGCUUAAAGAUAUUGAUGCCAACUAG